AUGGCCGCAUGGAGGGAGAUGCGGUCUCGGUUCCUACCUGCUGUGAUUACCAUGUUUCUCUUACUGCAGGUGCUUUUUCUAGUGAACAUGUGCUAUCUUUAUGCAACCCAGUUUCGCAGUACCACUCGUUAUCACAACUUCAACGUACUUUAUGUCGACUAUGAUGGCGGCAUUAUUGGAAAGUCGGUGGCUGACGCCUACCAGAACCUACAAGGUGAUGGAUUCCCAACUUUCCACACAAAGUCUUCGAAGGAAUAUCCUCAGACCGAUGAUAUUCGUGAAGCCGUAUGUCGCAGUGAAUACUGGGGCGCCGUUUAUACCCAUGCGGAUGCGUCGAACGGACUGAGGUCAGCACUGGCGAACGGUUCUAACCCGCCGGCGUCCCUCACUUAUGUCUGGAAUGCGGUUCGAUACCCAGUCUUCUCGCAGGCUGUGGUCUACUCAAGCUUCAUGGAGUUGAUUGAGAAAAGCAGAUCAACAUAUUAUGCCAAUAAUGGAUCCUCAGUGAUCACAUCCGUCGAUCUCUCUAAUCCAGCUACCCUCAACGUCUUCCUCGACCCAAUCCACACCGAAGAAAUCAACAUCAAAGACACAGAGCACGGUACGAGGGUUUUUUACAACACAGUAUCCAUGGCCAUGCCUAUCAUCCAACAAUUCUUCUUCCUCUUAGCCUUGAACGGAAUCUCAACACAUUUCGAUACAUUCACCAAAUUAUCCUGGAGGAUCAACGGCCUGAUUCGGGCGAUAGCUUCCGUCCUCUACACCCUCGUCGGCGCACUGCUGAUGGCCGGCUAUAUCUGGGCUUACAGGGAAUCCUGGGCACAGGAAGCGGGUCGGUUCGUGCUGACUUGGAUGAUUCUGUGGCUUCUGAUGCACAUCAAUUUCCUGUUUUUCGACAUUACCACUGCCUUCAUCCCGAUUCAGUUCAUGCCGUUUGUUGUUUUGACUUGGGUGGUUUUAAAUAUUGCCAGUACUAUCAGUCCCUUUGAGAUGAGCCCUGGUUUCUUUCGUUGGGGAUAUGCUCUUCCUUCUCAUGAGGCAUACCAGGUUCUGAUCCAGAUUUGGUCGGGGGGAUGCAAUAAUCGGCUUUAUCAGGCGCUGCCCGUUAUGUUCUCAUGGUGGAUUGUUGGUAUUCCGAUUGCCGUGUAUGCUAUGCAGUAUCGCUGCAAGACUGCUGUGGGUGCUCAGGACGGUUCGGAUCGUGCCAAUCUGGGAAAUGACUCUGAGGUUAAACAUGCGGUCGGGAGCGAUGAGGUAGUGGCUACGGGUGUCUCUUCUCGCGGGAUCUCGUAG